CCGCACCCACCCACACACACACCCAUUCAUGACCGCACACACGGCAGACGAGACAGUCACGCUUUCCAUCGGCUCUCAACGCCACACGAAAUGUCACUCAAGGGAAAAGUCGCUGUGGUGACCGGAGCUGCAGCGGGCAUUGGCAAAGCCUUCUGCGAGAUUCUCUUCAGGAACGGAGCAAAGGUUGUUCUGCUGGAUGUGAACCCAGAAGCGGGAAAGAGCGUGAUGGAAGCUCUCAACAAGGAGGACGGCCAAGAUCGAGCUGUUUUCCUCAGCUGUGACGUCCGCUCUGAGGAGCAGCUGAAAGCUGCCUUCAAGAUGGCCGCUGACACCUUUGGAGGAAUCGACAUCGUGUGCAACAAUGCCGGCGUCCUGGAUGAGAAGGAAUGGGAGCUAACGUUGGACAUCAACCUUGUGGGAGUCAUCAAGGGGACCUACGCCGCCAUGGAGCACAUGAGCAAGUUGAACGGCGGUCGAGGAGGGGUCAUCGUCAACACUGCGUCAAUGGCAGGUAUCAGGCCGCUCGUGUGCUGCCCGGUCUACAGCGCGUCCAAAAGCGCCGUGAUCCACUUUGCCAGAGCCAUGGCGGGGGCCUCCACUUUAGCGGGCUACGGCAUUCGCUUUAACGCCAUUUGUCCAGCUUUGGUUCAAACCGACCUGCUUGAUGGUUUAAACAGUAAACUGGGACAAUUCACCGUACUGAAGCAGCCCACCCAACAAUUGAUAGAAAAGCAUGGCGUGUUAAGUCCGUCCGAUGUGGCAGAGUGUCUUUUGGAACUGGUGACAGAUGAGAGCAAGAAUGGAGAAGCCCUGAUGGUGACCUCCCAAGCAAAGACAUACACCCCAUUUAUGUCCAUCCCUAUUAUCAGUCUGGAUCUUUAAUAGUGCGUUCUCAGCUGAUUUGGCCUGUCUGCAAAUUGAAUGUAUCAUUGAUAUAUACUGCACUGUACAGAAUAUUCACAGUGGCAUUCCAGUUGAAUGAAUGUUAAAUGCAAUAUUAAAUCUCAAGGCUGAACUAAAGAAAA